UUACUAUCAUUAACUCAUUUGACAAAAGCUACCACUUUUCUUGGUUGCACUUGCCCACUAACCCUAAGCCCUUCCCUUUUCUUUCCCUAUUCCCUCUCCCCUCUCCCUCUCUUAUGCUGAUGACUCUCUUUCUGUCCUAUUGUUUCGGUAUUUGAAAUUGCUCGAACACAAUUAAAAUUAAAAACCUAAUACUCUAUUUAACAGGUCACAUUAUUUUUUGCUUGCUCGACCAUUGGUUGGCAACUAUUCCUAACUAACCUACCCUUUUUCCCUUUCCUCUAAUGGUAGUGGUUCUCUUAUCACUCUCAUUCUAUCGCCCAGCUUCGUCCUUUUUGAGUUUAAACUUCUUCUUUGGACUGGCUACAUGUUAACAGCUAAUAACUAGAGUAAAAGUUUCUUUUUUGUUUAGCAUGGGGAGAGAUGGACAAAGAAACUAACCAAGAAAACCCAUCUCUCCUCUCAAAUAAUAACAAUACCAUCACGAGAUUAGAAGACUGUUCCCCUAAAAAACAUCCUGGAAGCACUGCUGUGAUUGGUGGCGCCGGCAGCGGUAACGAUAGGCUAAAACGUGAUGAAUGGAGUGAAGGAGCGGUUUCAAGCUUACUUGAUGCUUACGAAAACAAAUGGGUGCUUAGAAAUAGAGCCAAGCUUAAAGGUUUUGAUUGGGAAGAUGUUGCACGCUAUGUUUCAGCUCGAGCUAAUUGUACAAAGUCCCCAAAGACUCAAACUCAGUGCAAGAACAAGAUUGAGUCCAUGAAGAAAAGGUAUCGAUCAGAGUCUGCUACUGCUGAUGGAUCAUCUUGGCCUCUGUAUCCACGGCUUGACCUUUUACUACGUGGCAGUGCGCCUCCUCCUCCACCACCACCACAGUUGCACCUAUCAGUCCCUCAAGCACCUGUUCCACUUUCUACUAAUCCUCCUUUGACGUUACCAGAGCCGUCCAUGGUGGUGAUGAUGCAGCAGCAACAACCACUAUCAUCUUUGGCGCCUCAGCUUCCUGGAACUGCACAAAAUUCACAUGGUUCGAAUGGUGUUGAAAGGAUAGCCAAGGAGGAUGAAGCAGGAACAAAAUUAUCCAACCCUUUAUCAGACAAGGUUGGUAUGGAGACAGAUAGUAGCACACCAGCUCUUUACAGUGACAAGGAAAAGCAGAGGCUGAAGAAAUUGAAGAUGAAAAUGGAGAAGAGGAGACGGAAAAAGGAGAAGUGGGAAAUAGCUGAGAGCAUCCGAUGGCUAGCAGAAGUAGUUUUAAAGUCAGAACAAGCAAGGAUGGAAACAAUCAGAGAAAUAGAGAAAAUGAGAGUUGAAGCUGAGGCUAAAAGAGGAGAAAUGGACCUCAAAAGAACUGAGAUCAUUGCCAACACCCAAUUGGAAAUUGCUAGGCUCUUUGCUGGGUCAAGUAAAGGAGUUGAUUCUUCAUUAAGGAUUGGAAGAAGUUGAUGAUCAUGAUCAAUGAUUAUUACUGAAAUCCAAUCUGUUAUAUUUAUGAACGUAUAGAUUUUGCAUGUUGACAAAUAACAAUCGAAAAUGAACCCAUGGUUUA